AACGAAAUGGCUUUCAAGUUUGUUGCAAUCUUUGCUUUGUUGGCUGUCGCCAGCGCUGGUAUCGUUCCUGCUGCUCAAGUGUAUCAUGCUGCUCCGGUAGCAGUUCAUGCCCAGCCUGUCUACGCCAAGGCUGCUGAGGAAUACGAUCCCCAUCCUCAAUACAAAUUCGGUUAUGGUGUUCAAGAUGCCAUCUCUGGCGAUUCUAAGAGCCAAGUGGAGGAACGCGAUGGUGAUGUAGUGCGUGGUGAAUACUCCUUGAUCGAUGCUGAUGGUUACAAGCGCACUGUCCAAUAUACCGCUGAUCCCAUUAAUGGUUUCAAUGCUGUGGUCCACCGCGAGCCCUUGGUUGCCAAGGCUGCUGUUGUUAAGACCGUUGCCCCAGUUGCCCAUUAUGCUGCCCCUGCUGCUGUUGUCAAGACUGUUGCUCCAGUGGCUCACUAUGCUGCUCCUGCUUACACCACUUACUCCGCCCCUGCUGUUGUAAAAUCCGUUGCUCCCGCAUACGCCACCUACGCUGCUCCUGCCACUUAUGUGGCUCAUCAUUAA